CUCUUCCUCUUUAAUCCCUACCCCCUCCCCCGCCUUUUUCUACUGCCGUCUCCAUCAUUCCGUCCUCCUCCACCACACGGAAGCAUCAGGAAUAUCGGGAAACCAGACAAACCCUGAUUCACAUGAGAGCCAUUGUCGCCGACACUACUCACAGACACAGCUUUGUCCGGCGCACUGCUGUGCUCGCAAGUGUGAUUCAACAUGUGGAACGACGAAGAAGACAAUAAUCCUUACGGCACCAGCUUUGAUCGUCGUGACUCUGUUACUUCAUCAUCCGCCAACCCAGCUUCUCCGGAAUCUCGCGACUCGCUGGAUGAUUCUCCUGACGAGGCUGAUCCCGACUGGGAGCAUGUAGACCAGCAUCGCUUUGAGACCCCGAACACCCCGUCUUCCACCAGCGAAGAUGUGCCGCCUCCUCCGACCUACGGCCGCCAAACCAGCGAAGUCGAGAGCGACGAGGAAUUCGCCGCGCAGUCUCAACCUCGAAGGAAGCCGGGCGGCUACGACAGCCGCAUUGAGCAGAUACUCUACGAAAAUCCGGAGCUUCCGAUCUUGAUCACCGACGCGGGGAAGAGCUUGGAGAAUGGUGGCAAAUACAUCGUCUAUACGAUCAGAACGGGAGACCUCGAAGUCCGACGCCGAUAUUCCGAAUUUGCCUCGCUACGCGAUGCCCUGAUCAGGCUUCAUCCCACCCUCAUCAUUCCCCCCAUCCCGGAGAAGCAUACCAUGGCCGAUUACGCCGCCAAUCCAACCAACGCCAAGCAGGACCAGCAAAUUAUCGACCUAAGAAAGCGCAUGCUGGCAGUGUUCCUGAAUCGGUGCCGACACAUGGAGCAGGUCCGAAACGACGGUGUCUUGCGAAAAUUCCUCGACCCGAAUGUUAGCUGGAACGAGGUCCUACAUUCGCAUCCCAUUGCAUCUAUUCCCAAAUCCAUCAUGAAAGCACCACCGCUGGACACCGCGAACCCGACGCCAGCACACGCAUUUCUUCCCGUGCCGGCGUCUUCGGCGAAGCUCAGGGCACCCCCCAACCCCCCAUCGGGACCGGUGUUCGAUAACCCGAGCGCGAUCCCGUCGCAGAUACUCCGCCGAUUCCCUCCUGAUACGCACGACCUGGACGAGCAGGAAUUGGACCCCUACUUUGUCUCGUACGAGACGUCCAUCAAGGAAUUAGAGCAGGCGCUCAUGGGACCCAUGGAGAAAGUCAACCGGCGCACGCUAACUCACUUGAGCUCUCUGUCUACGGACCUGUCGGAUCUCGGUGCCAAAUUCAAUGCCUUCGCGCUCUCGGAACCGUCGCCGUCCCUUGCCGCGGCCAUCGAGCGAGUCGGCCAAGCUGCGGACUCGUCCUACAUAGCGACGGAGGAAUUAUCAACAUCUCUGGGCGCAAGUUUCGCCGAGCCUAUGCGGGAGAAUGCACAGUUCGCUGGAGUGGUCCGCAACGUGCUACGUUAUAGGGUUCUGAAGAGGGUCCAGCAGGAGAUGGCCAAUGAUGAGCUUAUCAAGAAGAAGGCCCUCUUGGACCAGUUGGAGAGUAGCGAGGCCGAGGCGAAGCGCAUCGACCAGUACCUCAGCAACAGCCAGCAGAUCGGAGGAAGUUAUCCGGUGCACCCGCCUCGGAGAUCGUCCAGCAUGAGAGAAACGUCGACGCAACACCAUAAGGAGGGCAGUGGCGAAGACACCGCCUCCAUUGACUCGGAUUUCCCGCCUACUCAUGGGGAUGUCUCCUCGGUACCCUCGGCGAGGGUCGGAGCGCCGGAGCGGACAGCUUCUAGCGCGAUGCAUAGGAAGGUCCCCAGCAGCAACUCCAUCACCAACAAGAUCUUUGGACCGCUGCGCCACGCGAUCCAGGGCGUUGCCGACGUCGACCCGGAGAGAACGCGGCGCGAUGCCAUAGGGAAAACGAGAGAGAGCAUCGAGCAACUCGAGCAGGCUCAAGUGGCGGCCGCACAAGACGUGAAGGACGCGAGCGCGAGCGUUCUGCACGAUCUAAAGAGGUUCCAGAACGAGAAGGAGAACGAUCUGAAGCGUUACAUGCUCGCCUAUGCCAAGAGCCAAAUCGAGUGGGCCAAGAAGAAUAAAGAAACGUGGGAAGAGGCACGAGUCGAGAUCGAGAAGAUCGACGAGACGUAGCGUGUCGGUGUGCAGACAACUUGUAGCGGCCAUGCCGCGAUGGCGCCACGGAAGAGGGGGGGGGGGGAGGCAUUGUAUCAUGUGACUAUAUACCUGCCUAUCAUUACAAUUUGUAUCCUCCGGGACAGAUUGCCAAUAAGACGAACAUGGCCGGUGAGCUACGAGAGGCGCUGUGCCAGGCCGGCACGCCUCCCCGGAAGCCGGUGCUCUCUUCUUCGCGAGUGACCUCGAGACGCGCGGCUGUGCUACGUCUCAAUCCAUACAGGGCAGUCUGGGGAGUUUGGCGUUGGAGUGUGCUAUACCCACAUAUACAGAUAGGUCACAAAACAAUACCUACAAAUUUCGCAGUAUUACGACGUCAGUUAAAGACGCGCAUGCGUUGAGUGAAGGGGGUAAUGGGAACAGAUGUACGUAGACGGGUAGAAGCAGAUCGAGAUGCUCUAGUCCCCCCCUCUCACGGCCACGCUAAAUCCCAUGAAUUCCUAGGCGGGUACAUGACCUGCGAUACGAUACUGCCCUUCGUCUCUGCGUGACAGCGCAUCUG